UUCCGUUCUGUAGUAUCUUGAUCGUUAUAUUUGGUAACAGUGGUAGAACUAUUUAAUUACAGCCCAGACCAAACAUGUGGCUAAAGUAUUUUGCGAUAUGUGCUUUCAUGUUGUCAAUCUUCAUUAUAGGGCGUCAGGGCGGCUACAAAGAUACGCGAAUUGGUUCACUACAAGCUCUGUUUCAACAAGAACGAACUUAUCAGUUUCCACCGGGUUUAAAUGUAUCGCCACUUGAAUUCGUACCGUCUCUAGCCUUUCCCAAUGAAGUCCUAUCUUAUGUUCUCAUGCGACCAUCGACCAUUCCAUUGCAAACUGAGCCCAUUAAUGCUCCGGUUCUGUUUCUAGCGUCUCCAUCAUCAGUCGGCAUUGACGACAUCGCAAAAUAUAUAGCAACAGCUAACUCUGAGGCUGUCGUAAUUCAAGAGUUUAAGCGCGUUUUGGAAGAUCCUCAGCAGUUAUAUAGUAGUGAAAAUACGGGGCUGACACCCGUGGUUCUGGAUGUCGGUUCCAACUCGGGAUUUUACUCACAACUGGCCGCUGUGAUGGGUUAUCAGGUGGUUGCCUUCGAUCCACAGCCACAGUGUGCCAUGUUUGUGUUAGGUGCCGCCAAGUUGAAUGGGAUAGACAGCAGACUCACAAUCCUAAAUGCCUUUGCUGGUUCAGGUGACGGGAGUAUGGUGGGUCGUCGAACGGGAUGCUGGGGUACAUACCCAAACUACGGUCCUUGGGAGACGGGACAACAGGGAAAAUUGAUAGAGGUGCUCAGGAAAUCUGGGAUUGUGGAGGUGGGCAUGGAGCGUGUACCACAUAUUGGUAUAGACAAGGUGAUGGACCCAGAUAAGCACGUGGUGCCGCUGAUGAAGGUUGAUGUCGAGGGGUUCGAGGACGGUGUUUUCAGAUCGAUGAGGAAAAUGCUGAGUGCUGGGAGGGUGCACAACAUCGUAUGCGAGUUGAACAAAAACGCAUGGAAGAAUUUCAACGUGACACAUGAAGAUGCGUGUGAAAUGUUAACACACAUGACAACCUUUGGAUACAAGAUCCACCUCGGCUUAGAUGGCCCGCUGUUGUUCAGUCAAAAGUCCUGGGAUAUGCAACAACGCCCCUGUGCGGCAAUGAUGGCGUUGGGGUGGAUAUCUCAAGAUAUACUCAUGGUUCUGGAAGACCCAAAGUUUUAGAGGGUUUAAAGUUCAAGUAGAUAGUACCGAACUUGAAAAUCCAUCGCUGCUUGACACUGAUAUAUACAGUGUGCCGUGAUUUGGACUCAGUUGCACGAUUUACAUGAAGGAAUGGUUGCUACACAUGUCAGCAUCCCUGAUUGUAUGCGUAAAGAAUGACCUAUCGUUUGCCAAACAUAGGCCAAACCUCGUCAAAUAUUUAAGGUAUUUAAGAGGAGACAAAUGAGCACCUUUAGAGAUGUAGGCGUUUAAUAAGGACUUUCUUCAGUAUAUGUUUUCGGUGUGGAGACGAGUGAGGCGAAUGCCGGGCUAGCCAUGUGCCUGGGCUGUCGGCCUUCAGACCAUAAGAUCCCCAAGGAUAAGAAUUACGUUGCUUGUCUCGGAUGUGUCGAUAACGGGUACGUCUAUGAUACUUAACGCAUUCAGAUUCAAUAGAUACACUAGAGAGCCCCCAAACUAAGCCAACCACGCAGCACUUGGUAAUAAGCGUGCGUCACCACGUUGCUACUAAACAUAUAGUGAGCGCGGGAAGGAUCGAAGCGGUGGAGGUUUUUGACCGAUACUCUGACUGAUGAUCGAGUGUGUAUUGAUCUUCUGCGGUUCGCAGUUGGAUAGUGUGGAGCGCAAUCUGCGAUACUCUCAGCCACUACACUGCACAGCCAUUGGUAUGUGCCAUUCGCUCUGGAAGUUACUUGCACUCAAUGGUUCGCAGACAAGCAGUCAAGCGGCGCACACAAGUGGUGUUUUUAAACGACGCACACUUGCAUUCAAGUGAUAAAUCGAAAUGCAAGUGACAGUGUCACCAGAACUCGUCAAUGCUGUAUACGUCAUGCCUCAUUGAAUUUAUCUGCAUAUUGCAGAAUCCGGCUUUGUUACGAGAUGUGCUGCUAUUGACCGUUCGUCUGGUAGUUAUUUGCUGUUCACACGCUCCAAAUAACUUCUAAUAAUCAAUUGCACUGAUGCACGCAUUGUAGAUGUACAUGUGUAUAGACGGG